AUGGCUUCUCUCUUCCCCGCUUCCACGCCGCCCCGUCUCAUCCACGGCUCCGGAAGACGGCCGUCGGCCUCGUCCUCGCCGGCGGCGACGAGGGUCGAGCUUCCCCUCGCCGGAGACACGAUAAAGGUGGAAUCUUUGGUCGAUUUGCAGCUCAAGGUGGGAGACACAUGGCAGAGGCUAAAGGAGCCUGCCGACGGCGGAACCGCCGGCGAGCUGGUCCUCCUCAGAAGCAGCACCGGCGGCGGCGGCGGCGGCGGCGGCGAGAGGGACGAGUUUUACCUCAACCUGGGCACGGCGGUGCGCACCCUCCGCGAGGACCUCCCCGCCGUCUUCUCCCGGGACCUCAAUUACGACAUCUACAGGUGCGUUAGGGUUCGGACGAGUCGCGCUCUAGAGUUCCGGCGACCUCCAGGACCUCACCAUCUUCCUCAUCUUCCUCCUCCCUGGCAGGGCCGACAUCACCUUCUCCGACCCGCUCAACGCCUUCCAUGGCAUAGACAAUUACCGGCUGAUCUUCUGGGCUCUGCGCUUCCAUGGCCGGAUGCUCUUCCGCGACAUCGCCAUGGACGUCCUAAGGAUCUGGCAGCUCUCCGACGAUGUCAUCCUCGUCCGGUGGAAUCUCCGGGGAGUUCCCCGUGUUCCAUGGGAGACCAGGGGGGAGUUUCAGGGAACCUCCAGGUACAAGCUCGAUCGCCGGGGGAAGAUCUACGACCACCGGGUGGACAAUCUCGCCUUUAACUUCCCCAAGAUGGUGGCGCCGCGGAGCUCUGCCGCCGCCGUCCUCGACCUGGUCGCCGUCUCCCCGUGUCCCCCCGUCGCCGGCGCCAGUUUCUCCCUCCUCUCCGGCGGGCACCAACCGGGCGACGGCGCCGCCGCCCACCGCUGUUCCUGGGUCGAGUUCUACCGGGCCGUCAAAGAGACCCUCGAUCACGGCAAGCUCCUCGUCGCCGGCGAGCCGGAGACGGGCCUCGCCGCCUGCUCGUAG